CUCCCGCACCCAGUAGGAUCCAAUAAUAACCAUUAAAUACCGAAUUUAACGAUAAUCCUUUGGCUAUGGGUGUGAGAGGGUCUCGUCGGAUCAUUAUUCAUUUUAUAUAUUCGAUAUUUUCCGCUCAUAUAUUCGUUGUUUUCCUCUCUUAAUGCGGGGAGGCACGUUCCAGGCAAAACGCCUGCAUAUCUUUGUUUCCUGUACGAGAGAGGGGGAAAAGCAAGGAAUGGGGAAAUGGUAAGGUGGGGCGGAAGGAAGAAGUGCUUGCUGAGUAGAGAGAUAAAGAGACAGAGACGUACCUGGUGUAUGAGAGAGAGGACACAAACAAUGGCGUUUACAGCAGCUUCUUCCUCGCUCUUUGUAAGGGAAUCCUCUGCAAAAUUUCUCUCCUCUCUCUUCUUUCUCCCCGAAUUUCAAAACCACCACCGCGGUUGUUGCAGAAGCUUCACAUCACGCAACGUCCCUCUCAUCAAAGCUUCCUCUGCAAGUACGCAAUUCAACAUCACGUUUGGGGCCAGAAAGAAGGAAAACCCAUCACCAGAAAUGGGAGAACAAGAUUCCUCUUCCUCCAUUAAAGCACCUCAAAAGGAACUUCCCUCUCAGCCUGCUCCUCUCUUUAUUCCAUGGAUUGUGAAGGAUGAGAACGGGAAUUUGAAAAUUCAGUCGACCCCUCCUGCUCAUAUUCUCAGCGCCAUGGCUGAGGCCUCCACUGCUAAGAAGACGAAGAAGAAAAAGGAGGGGGGUUCAAAAAGUGGAAGCCUAUCAGCGGAACCCAAGCACUCAAAAGCGGCUCGCAGGUUUUAUAACCAGAAUUUUAGAGAACCCCAGCGACUCAGUAAAGUGCUUGCUUCAGCUGGCGUGGCUUCUCGUCGUUCAAGUGAAGAGCUUAUUUUUGAUGGGAAAGUGACUGUGAAUGGAUCUGUGUGUAAUGUUCCUCAGACCAGGGUUGACCCUAUCAAGGAUGUCAUUUAUGUUAAUGGGAGCCGCCUUGCAAAGAAACUGCCUCCAAAGCUAUAUUUUGCUUUGAACAAACCGAAGGGAUACAUUUGUUCAAGCAGCGAGAAGGAAUCUAAAUCUGUUCUCAUGCUGUUUGAUGAUUAUUGGAAAUCUUGGGAUUGCGUAUAUGUUGUUUAUAAAAUUAUUGUUGCUGUAAUGACUGACUUGGAUGGGUGGUACUGUCAGAAUAAAAUCAACCCGGGAAUUCCAAAGCCACGAUUAUUUACAGUUGGUCGUCUUGAUGUUGCUACCACUGGAUUGAUAAUUGUUACCAAUGAUGGAGAUUUUGCUCAGAGAAUAGCACAUCCUUCAUCGGGACUAAAGAAGGAAUAUAUUGCAGCUAUUGAAGGUAAUGUCCAUAGACGACAUUUGCAGUUAAUCAGUGAUGGCACAAUUGUUGAAGGAAAACAUUGUACGCCGGAUUUGGUCGAGCACUUGCCAGCACAACCUGGCAGUUCAAGAUCUCGACUACGAAUUGUGGUUAAUGAAGGGAGAAACCGUGAAGUUCGUGAGAUUGUGAAAAACGCGGGGCUUGAACUUCAUUCGUUAAAGCGUGUUCGUAUUGGUGGUUUCAAGCUUCCUGCAGGUCUUGGGUAGGUAAGUAAGAUCGAGCGUGUUUGGGUUGUUUGGGGGGAGGAGAGUUCGGCUUCUCUUGUAGCUGCUUCUGAAGAACCCUGGUUGAUGGACUCACAUGUUUUCACUUAGGACUCCCAACUUCUUGAAGUAUCGACUUGUCAGGAUUAUAUAGCAUUUUAUACACUCGCUAUCUACUGUCUUUUCUCUGGUGGCCUUAACCUGUCACUUGGUAAAUCACUCAUUCAACCAUUAUUUUCGCACACAAUCCAACCUGUACUUUAUUAUUAAUUUGAAUGUUUUAGUUCAUAGUUGUUCCUUGUCAUUGUACUCUUUGUUGCUUUCCUUGUAGAACUUGUUUGACAUUCUCCAUUGUGACCACUUCGAAGGAACUAUGUGUCUAGUCAAAUGAUACAUAAAUUGUUUCUAUGCUUUAUGUGAGAAGGCUACUGGGAUCUGUCAGGCUUGUAGUAUAAAAGGUGGAGCUCGAUUGGAUGGGAUCCCCUUCAGCUUAUGGAAUACAAAGGGUGGCUACCCUCUUGACUUCUGUUAAGGCACAGGUUUGCCAUGUUAUCUUUUCGCCAAGGUCAAAGAUGAUCACGUUUUGUACAACUUUUAUGGGCAUUGCAGCUUGUUUGAGAAUAUAAAUAAGGCUUUUGUUACAAAGCCUUAUUAACUAGGGACCAUUUUCUUGAUAUUAAAGUUUAUUGGUAGCUUUUGUGGCCCAAUUAAGAAAAUAUUUAUUUCCUUUCUCUUUUUGAACUUCGACAAAUUUCAUUUAUUCCAUAGAUGUUGGGUAGCUACAUUUGACAACAGGCAGUGAAAAACAAAAAUCACUGCACUCAUCAUUCACCUUUUGCAGUUAUGGAUGACUCUAAAAAUCUUCGUGUGGAUUGCUCUUUCUUAAUGGGUUUCCGUUUCAGGCUUGGAAAUCACCUUGCACUUAAAGAAGCAGAUCUCAAGUUGUUGGCAGGCAAAAUCCUGAGAAAAGCUUAGCAGAUGAGCGUGCUAAUAUCGACCUGUCCAAUUCCUAGUGUGCAAUCCAGCUGACCCAAGUGCCACUUCUUAAUGUCUUCCCAAUUAAUCCUUCAUCAAAAUUAUGAAAUAUAUUUUGGGGCUGGUUUUAUUCAGGCAUGGUUUGGUUCAUAGUGUUUUCUUGUAUAUAUCAAGCAUCUUUUUGCCUUUUUUAUCCUUGUGGAAUUGUUUUCAUAUUUUCAUAUUUAUAUAUAUGAGGUGGUACAUAUUGUAAAACAUUUUUUUUGCAGGUUUAUGUAUUUCAUGAAAAGGUACUUGCCUGAGAAUCAUCCUGUCUUUUUAUGUCAUUGAGCUCUCCUGCUUUCUGGACAAAAACCAUGUAAAUUAUUCAAUUAUUUUUAACUUUGUGAUUUAUCCAAUGUUACUAUGCUCCUGCAAUAAGCAUGAUUGCAAUGGGGCGGUUGGUGAGCAUGAGGUGCACCUGGUGAGUGUUUUGUUUGCCCGCAGCUUCUGUGUUAUAAAUUGCUGGUAAUUUUAUUGCAAA